CAUCAUCCCUUUUCUCAACCUGAUACGGCGAAGAAUACCAUAGUUGCUUCCCCUCCCCCCCGUGCACAGAGUUAUAGGAAGGUGCAUCCCCUUGAAAGAACCGCCGCUCUUCCAACCGCCCCCCGCAACCUCGCCCGAGCUUAAUCCUUCACGCGCCUUCAUUCGGAUCGGAGGCGCGCGCCGUUAGCGCCAGUGUGGCACAGCGGCGAUCGCUGGAGCUCCUCCCCUCGAAGGGGGCGGGGCGGUCCCGUCCGGCGGGCUCUCGACACCGCCCCUUCACCUCCCAUCCCCCUCCCCUCCGUAACUUGGCUGCUUUUUAUCAGGCGAGCCCGGCGGUGGAGAGUUUAUCGGCGCUGGCUCUGCAGCGUGGAAAGUGCGGGGCGCGAAAGGACGGGAGGCAGUGCCAGUGAGGGGCCAGUGCCCCGCCGGCUGGUCCGGCCGGCCGGCCAGUUGGUCGGUCGGUGGCGGCGGCGGCGGACGAUGCUCCGGCUGGUGUCGCUGAAGUUGGGGCGGCUGUACCGCUACGUGAAGCUGGCGGUGCUGGGUAUCCUGGCGGCGGCGCUGGCCCUCAACUCGCCUUCGCUGCUGGCCUCACUGCAACGCAACGAGCUGGCCGAGCGGCGCUUCUUGCAGCUGAACAAGUGCCCGGCCUGCUGGGGCACCAGCUGGUGCCGCAAGUUCCUGAACGGGCAGCUGCGCCUGGAGAGCUGGGGUCGCCUGCGCCUCCUCGACUUUCUCAACGUCAAGAACGUCUACUUCGCGCGCUAUGGGGAGCCCCGCGAAGGCAGCCGCCGGGUCGUGCUCAAGCGCCUGGGCUCCGCGCGGGAGCUAGCCGACAUCGACGCCAAGAUCUGCCGGCGCGCCACCGGCAGGGGACGCUGCGACUUGCUCCAGGCCCUGCACGCCACCGAGUUCGCCAGCAUCAACGGCGACGUCCGACUUCUGACUCCCGACGUCGUGGAAGGUUGGUCGGACCUGGUGCACUGCCCGUCGCAGCGCCUCCUCGACCGCCUCGUCCGUCGCUACGCUGAGACAAAAGACUCGGGCAGCUUUCUGCUCCGCAACCUGAAGGAGUCGGAGCGCAUGCAGCUGCUCAUUACGCUCGCCUUCAACCCGGAGCCUCUCGUGCUUCAGAGUUUUCCCUCUGAUGAAGGAUGGCCAUUUGCAAAAUACCUUGGAGCAUGUGGAAGAAUGGUAGCUGUAAACUAUGUGGGAGAAGAACUAUGGAGUUACUACAGUGCCCCUUGGGAAAAACGAGUGGACCUGGCAUGGCAGUUAAUGGAAAUAGCAGAACAACUAACAAACAAUGGCUUUGAAUUUGCACUCUACCUCCUUGAUGUCAGCUUUGACAACUUUGCAGUAGGACCUAAAGAUGGAAAAGUCAUAAUCGUGGAUGCUGAAAAUGUUUUGGUGGCAGAUAAAAAGUUAAUCAAACAAAAUAAACCUGAAAACUGGGAUGUAUGGUAUGAAAGCAAAUUUGAUGACUGUGAUAAAGAAGCUUGUCUUUCUUUCUCAAAGGAGAUUUUGUGCACUCGGGUCACUGUGGAUCAUAAUUACUAUGCUAUUUGUCAGAACCUUUUAUCAAGACAUGCCACCUGGCAUGGCACUUCUGGAGGACUUCUUCAUGAUCCUCCAGCUGAUAUUGCCAAAGAUGGUCAACUUGAGGCCUUGCUGGAUGAGUGUGCCAAUCCAAAGAAGCGAUAUGGUAGAUUCCAGGCUGCAAAAGAAUUACGUGAAUAUCUUGGACGAUUAAGUAAUAAUGUGAGGUAGUUCAUAGUGGGCGGACAGUUGGAAACUGUUGUGCUGGGGCAAGGACACAAGGACAAGUGAAUUGUGAACCGGAAGCAAGAAAGCAACCAGAAUGAGAAAAUAAAUUGCAUAACACUGUUGCUACAUGAAGGUUGACAAAAGUUACAUAUCCUACUACAACUUGAGCUACUUUUAACUGAAAUAGGAAGACUGAAAAUAUAAUUGAAUUCACUUUCUCAAUAGGAUUUCAUUGUAUUGUGAGAGUGCUACACUUCUUUGGAAAGUCAACUUAUAUGGGCCUGUUUUAAAGGCUUUUAUAUCUGAUGUCAUUAUUCUGCUCUUAUACAACCUACAAAAAGAGGCAUUUGCAUAGAUGCUGAUAAUCCAAGGUGUCCUUGAUUGUUUUUGUAAUUACUAGAUUUUCAUUUAAUGUUGUGUGCUUUUUGAGUACAGGAUUCCUCUUCUUAUUCUGUUGUUGAAUUCUUUUUGUUUCAUAUGUUUGUAUGCCUUAUUAAAGAUAUGCUUGUAAAAGCUGUCUUAAAUGUUGUGUGAACCUAACCUAGUUAUGUUGGAAUUGUUUAUAUUUCUGCUGCAGGUAAUACUUCACAUCUUAGUUAAAUAAAAAACUCCAUCCUUUCAGUGUAUAUAAGUAUAUGCUCAUCAGGGAAUUGAAAUAUACAAACUAUUUCAAUGAAGACAGUUUGAACCCGUCAUGCUUACAUUGAUCCAGCAGAAAUAGUGGGCUAUAAGAAAGUCAUGCCUACAGAAUGACUGAUUGAUUUCCAUGGAUCAACUUUAAACAUGACCUAAAGUAAACAUUUUUUGUGUUAAAGAAGCACUAGAUAAAUGAAAUUUUUUUAAAAAAUUGCUACCAUAGUAAUCAUAAGCCAAAGAAAAUGGUUAUGUGUAGUCUCUAAUUGCUUAAAAUAACGUACUGUAGUGGCACUAGCCUACUGACAAACAUUUUAGUCAGUUAUUAUCAUUGUACUACUAGUUAAAAACAUCAUACAAAUAAGAAAAUGCUUAGCAGGCUAGCAUUUAUUCUGUAUUAUUCACAAUUCUGCUAAUUAUUGGAACUAAUGUUUACAGGACUUAAAUUUUGAGGUUUACUAUCUAGUAGCAAUCUUCAUGUAUAUGAUAGAGGGCUUCAUUGCAUUUUGUGUAAUUGCAGUUAUUUUUUCUCUGAUGGUUACUAUUUGCCUGAAAUUGUUCCCGCAGAUCAGGAGUUGAAGAAGAAAUUGGAUCACUUCUAAAAUUAACUUUUAAAAGGUAUGGUUUUCUUUAUUUACAGUAACUACUAUAAAGGUACUCUUCACUGGAGCGAUAAAGUUCUGAUCAAGACAAAGACUCCUAAUUUCAGAAACAAUUAAUUGACUACCAAUAUUUUAAAGUGGAACAUGGAUAAAUUGUAUACUAAGGAUGAUAAAUAUAUUACUGAGAAAUGUAUUUAGACAAGUGGGAUAUAGCAGUAUGAAUGAGCUGAAAACUGCCCAAUCCAUUUCCAAAGUUUGAAAACAUGCAGAAUAUGUCAAAGGUAUAUAAAAUAAAUAUCAAGGCCUAUUGUUCUUCCCUUUGGCUUGCUUAGUCAUAUACUAUUACUUCUUUGCAAAUUGUGUCUCUACAGUGUUACUUUCAUUUAAUUGUUGAGCUGUCUCCUGGGAAAAUUUCUUGCUGUGGCAGUUUCUUUUAUCUCUAAUAUGACUGAAUCAGAGCACAUUAGGCAUGUUAGCAUCCUACGGACAUAAUCUAUAGAAUUUAGAAGGUAAUAUCCUGUUUAUUUAUAUAAAAAUGUAGUUUUUGCCUAAUUUUCUCUGGAUUCUGUUACAAUGUAUUCCAAUAGUAUUUAGGUUGCUAUAGUACACGCUUGAGCAAAAACUGAAAUGUGAGAUUAAACACUAGCCUGCUACAAAAAGCAUUGCUUUAUUGCAAUUUUAAUUUAAUACCCACACUUUCUAAGGAAUAAGAAGCAUUGUUGCUGAAGGCUUUAAACCACAACUCUACCAGCUACUGAGUUGGUUCAACUGCCAAUGUUUCCUGGGAGUUUAACAUUGGAAUUCAUGGUUCAUCUUGAAAUACUGUGCUGAUAAGCAGGAUUCUGAUGAUAAAAGGAGUCCAUAAUUUUCAGUCUACAGGGAAAACACCUAUGUGGAAAGCAAUAAGUUUUAUUCAAUUUGCACCUAUCAAGUAUUUAUUGUACAGGGACAAUUUAUAUUUUUAAUCAUUGCCCAUGAAUAAUGGUAAAAUAUUUUUGAAUGAGAUGUUUGGGGUUUGUAUGUGCAUAAAAAUUGUCUUUUGUACUGUAACUGUUUAAUUUGGUUAUCAAAACUGUUUCCUGUGCCUUUAUAUUAAGGUUGUUUCUACAACUUCUCUUGAAUAAUAAAAAAUACUUAAUUUUUUUUU